GUGACCUUCUCGCUCUCUCUCUCUGAGGUACUCUUGUCAGCAGUUUCAAUGGACUACAGCUCUGAAGAAGAGUCAGAUAUUAGCGAAUCUGAGAUUAAUGACUAUUCAGAGAAACCAUAUGAACAUUUAAGGUCUGGGAAAUACAAGGUUAAAAGUUUGAAUGGCACUCUUAGAUGUCCUUUCUGUGCUGGUAAAAAGAAACAAGAUUACAAAUAUAAGGACUUAUUGCAACAUGCAUCAGGAGUGGGUAAGGGUUCUGCUAACAGAAGUGGAAUACAAAAGGCAAACCAUCUUGCUCUGGCAAAGUAUUUGGAGACUGAGCUAGCCAAUGAAGCAGAGCAAAUGCAGCGGCCAGCUGUACCCCAAGCUGUCAAUCAACCUAUUCAGCAAGAUGAUCUUUAUGUUUGGCCUUGGAUGGGCAUAAUUAUUAACAUACAGAGUAAAUUGCAGGAUUCUGGAUACUGGUUGAAAAAUUUUGUUAAAUAUAGACCGGUAGAUGUUCAUAUAUUCUUCAAAGAUGGUGACCUGGUUGCUCAAGCUGUAAUAGACUUUAAUAAUGAUUGGAAUGGUUUCAUGAAUGCAAGUGAAUUUGAGAAAUCAUUUGAAACUGCGCGUCAUGGUAAAAAGGAUUGGAAUUCAAGGAAGUUGCAGGCUGGCUCAGACAUUUAUGGAUGGGUUGCACGGGAAGAUGAUUAUAAUUGUGAAGGAGCAAUCGGGGAAUACCUCCGCAGCAAAGGAAGGUUGAGGACGGUUGCAGAUAUUGUUCAAGAAGCAUCUGAAUGCAGAAAUAGUAUUGUGGCAAACCUAGCUAAUAAAAUUGAUAUUACAAAUGAAACCUUGAACGAAAUGCAGUACAAGUAUAAUGAGAAGAACAUGUCGUUGAGUAGGAUGCUUGAGGAUAAAGACAAGCUACACAGUGCUUUUGUUGAAGAAUCAAGGAAGAUGCAGCGUAGAGCACGUGAUGAGGUACGAAGGAUCUUGGAUGAACAAGAAAAGUUGAGUAGUGAAUUGGAGGAAAAAAGACGGAAGCUUGAUUCCUGGAGCAGAGAUCUAAACAAACGUGAGGUACUAACGGAUCAAGAAAGACAAAAACUUGAAGAGGACAAGAAGAAGAAAGAUUUGAGGAAUGAAUCACUCCUUUUGGCUUCAAAGGAGCAGAAGAUUGCUGAUGAGAAUGUCUUAAGGCUUGUUGAGGAGCAAAAGAGAGAGAAAGAGGAGGCCUUGAACAAGAUACUUGAGUUGGAAAAAAAGCUGGAUGCCAAACAGAAGUUGGAAAUGGAAAUUGAGGAGUUAAAAGGGAAAUUGCAAGUUAUGAAGCAUCUUGGAGAUGAAGAUGAUACAGGUGUCCAGAGUAAGAUGAAAGAAAUGAAUGAUGAUUUGCUGGAAAAAAUAGAAAAUUUGGAAGGUAUGGAGGAAAUGAAUAAAACCCUCAUUUUCAAGGAGCGCCUUAGCAAUGAUGAACUACAGGAAGCUCGCAAAGAAUUAAUAGAAGGGUUAAAUGAUAUGCUGAAUUCAACUAAAACUAAUAUUGGGCUCAAGAGAAUGGGAGAGCUUGAUCAAAAGGUUUUUGUGGAUAUCUGCAAGAAAAGAUUUCCUCUUGAAGAUGCUGGGACAAAGGGAGUUGAGCUUUGCUCUUUAUGGCAGGAGAACGUGAAGAAUUCUGCCUGGCAUCCAUUUAAAGUGAUCAUCGUUGAUGAUAAACCAGAGGCAAUUAUAGAUGUGGAAGAUGAGAAGUUACAAAGUCUCAAGCAGGAAUGGGGAGAUGACAUACAUUCAGCGGUUGUUAAAGCCUUGAAAGAAUUAAAUGAAUACAAUCCAAGCGGUGGGUAUACUGUUUUGGAGCUUUGGAACUUCAAGGAGAAAAGGAAGGCUACCUUGAAAGAAGUUAUCAGUUAUAUUGUGGAGCAUAUCAAGCCGCUUAAGCGCAAGAGAGCAGCAUAAGGCAAAAGGGGAGAAAGAUAUGAUAUAUCAAAGAGGAGAUGGAAAGUAGAACCUUUUUCAUGGUUUGUAUGAAUGUUCUAUCUUCCCAAUGGGAAGACGGAAAGUAUGACCUUUUUCAUCGGCUUGUAUGAGCCAUAAGAAACAUUCUGCUGGAGAUAAGAGUUGAAUAUGAAACAUUUCUGCAAUUUUCAUCAUUGAUGGAUUUGAACAUCUGUAAUCUGAUUAUUUAUUUCGAAAAAUUCACUCAAUACUGUAGGAGGUUGUCUACGCUUAUUUUAUAUCAAUGGAUGCAGAUCAAUAUAUUUUUAAC